AUGGGCCGCAGAGAUCGGUUGAAGGAGCGCUUCUCCAGGGCUUUUGGAAGUGGAGCCAGCAAUCAAGCUGAUACAACGGGUCCUAAUGGACAGCAAUUACACGGACAGCAGGCAGAGAGCAGGAGAUUCAACGAACCGCCAGAUGAAGCGAAUACGUUGUUGAAAUGGCCCGAAAACUUCAAAGGUCGCCUAACCAAUGACAUGCCAAUUCAAGAGCUCUGGGAUAUUGCCUACGAGAAGCUUCGAGAGGAGGAUGCUACGCUCAUCACACACUACGAAGCCGAGCUCAGAGGCAGCGUUACCGCUGGCUUAGGCCAACUCCUCAAUUUAAAACAGCAUAGAAGAGAGUGGAUGCAAGCAAUCUUACAAAGCAAGAUGGACAAAGUCAACAAAAAUGAUUUGGAACUCCGAUCAGGCAAUUUUAAAGGCCAAGCCAAAGACGUCAAGCAGCCCUUUAUUACAGCUGUAAAUUUAGCUAACGACUACAUCGGGGAUGUCGCGAGCGCUAAUCCGUGUACAUCCAUUGCCUGGACCGGAGUCAGUUGUCUUCUUGCGCUCUUCAUGAAUAUAUCUGAGGAAAAGGCUUCUCUAGCAGAAGGGCUUGAGUAUAUCGCUUCGCGUAUUGCACAAAGCCAAAUGAGAGAAGAACUCUACGUCGAAUGCUAUGAAAAGGGAAGGCACAGCCAUGAGAGAUUCCGGCAGUCGCAUACGCAGUACAAGACUUCCUUGGAGAAACUCUAUAGGCAAAUUCUGAAAUUCCAGGCCACUGCUUGUUGUUACUACUCGGAAGACUCUACUCGCCGCCAUAUCGUUGACGCCUUCAAAGGAAACGGCUGGGCUUCACUGGUGGGUGGGGUUCGCGAACAAGAGCGCAACUUUGCCGCCGUCGAAGAGAUGUGGCGUGACAUACAGCGCUAUGAGAGACACCUGACAACAAUAAACACAUUUUCAGAGAUGAAUGCAAGACUUUCCGCAUUAGCAGACCACGACUUUACUGAUCUGCUAAAAUGGCUAUGCAAUGUUGACCCUUCUUCAAUGUACAAUGCAGGACUUGAUAGGCGUGAGGCCGGCACGUGUGAAUGGUUGAUCAAGGAUAGUGAGGAAUUUAAGACUUGGGAGACAAGUGAUGGGUCAUUGUUGUGGCUCCAUGGUAAGGCCGGGUCGGGGAAAUCGAUCCUAAGUUCUUCCGUCAUCAAAUACCUUCGAGAUCAAUAUGUAUCAGAGCCGUCGACUGUGGUAUCAUACUUCUAUUUCAGCUUCAGCGACCCCGAGAAACAAAAGGUCGACGUCAUGCUCGCAUCCCUCACCAAGCAAAUCUGUGCUCGACAGACUAAGAGAUCACAAUUGAUGGAACGCCUCGGACAGUACAAAAUUAGCGGCCAGCGACCAGAUACUGAGACGCUGGAAGCAGUGUUACUUGCAUCCGCAUCGGAAUUCGCUAAUGUGUACAUUGUUAUUGACGCCCUUGAUGAAUGCCCGCUGCUUAACGAGCAACGAGGAAAGCUCCUAACGAGUUUAAGGCGUAUAUUCGCAAUUGCACCUAAUAAAUUUCGCUUCUUUUUAACAAGCCGGAAGGAACCAGAUAUCGACAACAAAAUACGCCCCAUUUUAUCUUCAACAGAUAAGAAUGAAAUUGACCUCUUAGCUCGCCAGUACAUAAUCAACUGGGAUAUCAUUCACUACAUCGACUCUCAGCUAAACGGCGACGAGUACAAAUCUUGGCCGAAGAGCGUAAAGGAAGAAGCGAGAGAAUCACUCGUGGAGAAAGCCGACUGCAUGUUCCAAUAUGUCCAGCUUCAGUUAGAAGCACUCCGACAUCUUUCAUCUGAACCUGAAGUACGCGAGGCACUUCAAACCCUUCCCAUUGGGCUUGACGCCACGUACAAUAGAGUUCUGGAAAGCAUUCCACCGCACUUCCAAGAACGAGUCAUACACUCGCUUAAGUGGCUCGCCUUUUCGAGGACGGUCUUAUCAAUCGAAGAACUCGCCGAGAUAUUCACUAUCCGCCCACACAAUGAUACUCCCUUUAGUGAGAAGGAACGCCCCUUUUCACCUACUGACAUAUUGAAGUAUUUCUCCGGUCUAAUUAUCGCCCAAAAAGACGAUGUCUCAGUGAUGUUCCCGAGAGAUGCACACAAUGUCACUCGAAUCCGGCUAGUCCAUUUCUCUCUAAAAGAGUAUUUGGUUUCUAGAAGAAUAACGCAGGGCCCUAAUUUAGACUUCUCAUUUACAGAGGUUAACGCUCAGCUUUCCAUUGUGCAAUCGUGCCUCGCCUACCUGAAUCAUUUAAGCCACUGGUUUGCGAGUCACGGUGUAGGAUAUCUUUCUCAUGACACUGUAGCCAAGUCAUAUCCCUUGGCAAAUUACGUUGCCUGUUUCUGGAUGGAUCAUCUUGAGGAGAUUCCACGUAUAUCAUGGCCAUCUGAUAUCGCAAGAGAUACGACAAAUGCACUUGCAGCUCAUAGCCAAAGUCUACUCACUUUACUCCUAUUGAGCGGUAACAGAAGAUACAUAAUGAAACCAUACUGUUAUACAGCUAAGGACGGUCAUUACCAACUAACUAAGAUGUUGAUUCAUCAGAAGUCCGGUGCAAAUAAGUAUGUUACGCGAGAAGAGUUGGAUGAGGCACUGCAGGACGAGGUAUACAAAUGGAACAGAUGCACAGAUCAGGUGCAGGUCUUCCUCGAAGCAGGAGCAGAUGUUAAUGCACAAUGUGGCUUUUAUGGCUCAGCUCUGCAAGCAGCUGCGAGAUCCAAAUGUCUAAAUGCGCUCAAGUUUCUUGUGGGCCACGGAGCCAAUGUCCACUAUUUUUUGAACAACGACGAAUGUUUGCUCACAUGCAUAGAUGAAGAAGGCACCGACUGUCUAGAGUUUCUCCUUGACAGUGGUGCUGAUAUAAAUAUGCAAAACAAACAGCAUGAGACAGCACUUCAUAAGGCUGUAAUGGGCAGCUUCGGUGCCAAUUUUGAUCUACUAUUAGAGAGAGGCGCCAACAUAAAUGCCUUGGCCGUUUCUGGUACGCCACUCCAGGCAGCGUGUAAGGCUCGACCAUCGAAAUUCAAAUUUGGCAAGGCGCUGAGGGAGAAAGCUCGAAUUGUGAAGAAACUAUUAGAGAGGGGUGUAGAUCCGAACCAUCGGGUUGGGGAGAUGGGCACAGCACUACAGCUUGCGUGCGAGAACCGAGGCCUUUUCCCCAACCGUCAUGUGGCAAUGGAGAUCUUACAACUUCUAGUCGAAAAUGGGACAGUUGAAAAGGGGACUAUUAUAAAUGGGUUUGUUGUUGAUGAGGUUGACGAGAUUGACCCUUUUUGUCCUUCCCGAUUCGAGGAACCGAAAUGGGACACAAGACGUCCUAUACAUCCCUCAGCAGUCGAGGUUGUGAAGCUUCUCGUUGAGAGUGGCGCCAGGAUCGAUGACGGUCCUCUAGCAUUACAUAUGGCUUCCUUGAGUGGGACGAAGAGAAGGUUCGCCGGUUGCUCGAUCAGGGUGCUGAUGUAA